UUUACUCCGCUAAUCACAACUUCUGGGAAAACCAUCUUCUGCCGAUGUUGAACACUUCUCGAGUCACCAGAAAACCACUUCCACUUCUGCUAAUGAGACACGGAUUCUUACAGUGGUGUGAAACUCAGAAAGACUGUGAACGACUACGACUUACUGACCUGCUUGUGAAGCCUAUGCAGCGUGUAACGAAGUACUCACUGUUGUUGAAAGCUAUUCAAAAGAAAACAGACAAUGAAGAUGAAUUAUCGGCAUUGCAGGAAAUGAAUGAAUGUGUGGAAAAUUUUGUAUGUGUUGUGGACUCUACUCUUCGACAACAUCACGAACGAGAAAGACUGGCUUCCAUCUUGAACAGGAUUGAAAGCUAUGACGCCAUUGAAAGCAACAAUGACGAACUUGAAAAGAUGAUGAAGGAAAAUGGUUACCUGACCCUUGACCUUACAUGCCCUAUGCCUGGAUGUGGAAACCAUCAGAUUAGACAGCUAUUACUUGAAGGUUCUGGUCUGAAGUUACGAGACUCUUCAUCAAGUAAGAUGGACGUUCACUGCUUUCUAUUUACGGACUUAUUCCUUAUUUGCAAGCCCGUGGGGAAGAAAGGAGACAAGGUUCGUAUCAUCCGACAGCCGUAUUUAGUGGACAAGUUCAAGAUGCAGGAACUUAAAGAUGGUGGGGGUUUCGUGGUAAUCUAUCUGAGUGAACUGCUUGUAGCCGUGGCUGCUUUCGUUCUUUAUACCUCAGAGUUCAAGAUAUGGAUGGACACCAUACGACGAGCACAGGAUUUGUACCAAGAAGCUAAACGGACAUCUAAGGAAAGAAGAGGAUUAGGUUUCUUGCAAGCAAGCUAUGAGGAAGAAGAAGAAUUUACUUCUACCAUCCGCCUCGAGCCCCGAUCUCUCCGUAGCUCAAGUCGAUCCAGCUUGGUCCACUCCCACAGUGGAUCCGUUGACAUGAGUGACUCCAUCUCCACCACAUCUGCAUAUGGUCUACAGAAUGUUAACCAAGCUCACAAUAAAGCAACAAGCUUUGAGUUAGGCGAUCUAAGAAAUUCAAGUGUUAGUAGCGAAGAAGGAGAAUGGGUUCGGGCUAGUAGUUUGGAUACCCGCAACGGUCCCAUCAGCGUGACAGUGACGUCACCGCGUCCAGAAAGAAGAGCAUUCUUUCUGCGAGGCGCUGGUUCAGGAUCAUCCACUCCCAAUACAUUGUCUGUGAAAUCUGCUUACCAUAUAGGUGAUUUAGGGGAACAGAGAGAGCAUGAAACGAUAUCUCCACCUCGUUCUAUACAGGUACCUGUGAUUUCUCCGUUAGCCAAGACUCUAUCCCCUUCACGACCUCCUGUCACUUCACCAACUUCUCCUCGUGUUUCACCUCGUCAUAGCCACUUCAGCCACAAGCCCCCACUUCUGAAAACCAAGAAUAUAUCAGGACUCACGACCCACAGCGCCCCACCCAGUCAGAGGCCCAGUCCUGUGCACAGUUUCGAGAGUGAUAACGUAGUCGGAUUGACCAGUUCCGGAAGGACUACUCCAGAUUCCGACGAUGAAGGGAGCAUGAAACUGCACGUGAAGAAGGUCGCACGUGCAAUUCAACGUUACAACGUAGCAGAUUGUGCGGAAAUGGGAGACUUGAGAGUCCACAAACGACUGUCAUGGAACCCUAAGCAACACGAAAGUUGCAGUCGGGGUCCGAUGGCAGAGAUUUCACGGGACAAGCUCCGUCAAAACAAGCAUAUCGAUAAGUGCCUCGGAUUCGAGUCAACGUAUAGCUCUAGUUAUAUAAACAGUGCAGAUUCAAUUCAGUUACGUGCACGGAAUACAGAACUGGACCCUCGUUUCGAGAGUUCCGAUUCAUCAGAGGAUCCACUAGCACGAGAAGGUUUUGAACAGACAGCCUUUACCGAUGGACAACGAGGGAACGAAUACCUACAGCUGCCCACGUUCUUGUUGGAGGGAGACAACAAUGAGGAUCGGCGAUGUGGGAGUGGGAUUUCAGCAGUGCAAGCCACCGUCAACGAAGGAUCUUCUCGAGAAAGGCUUUCCACAGAAGAAUUGCGAAAAAUGAAAGAGUUCCUGUUGAACAACUGGUCACUGAAGUCCUCAGAUGUUUGAGAAUAUUCAGAGCCAACUUUCAUUAAAGUUUAGUGGAAAUGACGUCACAUCAGUCGAUGCCACGGUAUUGGGUAUGAACGUAUUAAGGAAACGACGUCAGAUCAGUCCCUAUCACGGUAUUGGUUAAAAAGAAAUUUGUAGCCGAAAAUAUGGUGAAUGAUGUGUGAAACUGGCGUGACCUGAAACAGAAGUC